AUGUCUUUCCAUCCCGAUAACCUACCCAGCCUUAACGGAAAGGUCUUUAUCGUCACUGGCGGCAACGCUGGAAUGGGCUAUUACACAGUCUUGCACCUCGCAGCUCAUGGUGCCCACGUCUACAUGUGCUGCCGCUCCCUCGAGAAGGGUAACACAGCCAUCGCAGAAAUCAAAAAGACACAUCCAUCAGCCAGCAUCGACCUCUUACAAAUGGAUCUCAUGGAUCUCUCCAGCGUCGUCGCAGCUGCCAAGCACUUCCUUACUCUUGAAACAUCUCUCCAUGGUCUAGUCAACAACGCCGGUAUCAUGGCUACACCCUUUAAUAUGACAAAAGAUGGCCACGAAGCCCAAUGGCAAACAAACUAUCUGUCACACUGGGUCUUUACCGAGCAUUUGAUUCCUCUUAUGCAAAAGACCUCCAAGACACUACCUCCUGGUAGUGUGAGAAUUGUCAACCUCACUUCUUCAGGGCACCUGGGCGCACCCAAGACUGGCAUCAAUUUUGAUGACUUGACUCUUAAGGAUCAAGGUGUAUGGGAGCGCUACGGCCAAAGUAAGCUUGCCAAUGUUCUUCACUCAAAAAGCCUGCACAACAAGUACGGCCCUGGCUCUGGGAACAAAGAUGGUGAGAUCUGGGUCACAUCUGUUCACCCCGGCCUCGUCGAGACAAACCUCGCUACAACAGUCGACCCUCAAGAAAAGGGCAUGCUGAAUCUUGUUGCUGCUCUACGAUGUUUCAGAAUGCUCUGGACUGCUGAUAAGGGAUCAUGGAACAGCCUUUACUGUGCCGCCGGCCAGGAGAUGAAGCCUGAGCAGAGUGGACAGUACAUUGACAUCUAUCAUCGAUUUGGUGAGCCUUGGUGGGCGAGCAGUGCGGCUAAGGAUGAGGAGCUUGCUAAGAAGCUUGAUGUUUGGACGAAAGAGACUAUGGGAAAGGAAGGCUGGGUUCAGUGA